CUAACCCUAUUUUCCGUUGGCUUUCUUUCUUUUAUUUUUAUUUUUAUUUUUUUUGGAAAUUUUUCUUAAAAAUUAAAAUUGUUGAAUAAAUAUUUAGAGGGAGGAGAGAGAGAGAGAGUUCUAAAAGAUUCAUGUGGAGAGAGAAUGCAAGAAAUAAACAGCGGAUACAGAUCACUCGUCCCUCUCACUUCAAUGGCAUCUCGAGUUUGAAAAAUCUCAAAUCUUUCCCCUUGGCGUCAUUUUCUUUCUCCGACUUAUCAAAAUCUUUAAAAAUGAAAACCCAUGUUCAUGAGCCCUGUUUCAUGAAUCGUGAACGAAAAAAAAGGCAUCUUUGAUCCCUGUUUUCGGAAAAAAAAAAAAUCUCCGAAUUUUUUCCAUUCAAACCCUUCUCGUUUUGGAAAAAUUCGAUCUUUCUGAAAUUUCGAAUCCGAGGAAUUUAUUCCAGCGGAGAAAGCUCGUGGGUGAUAAAAUGUGUUCCUUUUCAGAGUGUUUUUAGAUUUUUCUUUUCGAUUUUUCCCAAAAAAGUUGAUUUUUUUUUUCCGAUAAGAAAAAAAAAGUUGAGGGGUCUGUAGGAUUGAGAGUUGGGUUUUAAUAAAGGCGAAGGAGCGUCGAAGAAAACAAUAGAGAAAUAACAGAGAGAGAGAGAGAGAGAGAGAGAGAGAGAGAGAGAGAGAGAGAGAGAGGGAGGGAGGGUUAGGUAAAGAAGAAGAAUAUGCAAGAGAUGAAGAAGAAGAGGAACGGUAAUAAUAACGAAGAAUCCAAGAAGAAGGAGCGUCAUAUUGUUACUUGGACACAAGAGGAGGAUGAUAUUCUCAGAGAUCAAAUAAAAUUACACGGAACCGAAAACUGGGCGAUCAUCGCCUCAAAGUUCAAGGACAAAACCACAAGGCAGUGCAGAAGAAGAUGGUAUACAUAUCUGAACUCUGAUUUCAAGAGAGGAGGUUGGUCCCCUGAAGAAGACGUGCUUUUGUGUGAGGCACAGAGAGUAUUUGGGAACAGAUGGACUGAGAUAGCAAAGGUGGUGUCAGGCAGAACUGAUAACGCAGUGAAGAACCGGUUCACAACACUGUGUAAGAAGAGAGCCAAGUAUGAAGCCGUAGCCAAAGAGAACAUGAACGCUUGUGUCAACUCAAACAACAAAAGAAUGCUGUUCCCAGAUGGUAUCAGUGCUCAAGGAAAAUCCGAAACAGAGGCCCCUCUUGCUAAGAAGACGAGGAUAAGCCACAUUCUUGAUCUUACAACAAUCAAUCACAGUGGGGACAUGUCAUAUGGAAAGGUCGAGUCAGGCGUGAACCAGCAGAUUAGAUCUCCAUUUUCUGUGUUAGCCCGGAAUGGCACUGGUCUUGAUAGCUUGGAGGAACAGAAUCAAACCGGCACUCUGAAGGAGAUUGAUGCUCAGGAUAAAGGUGCUCAAGGGGUGUUUCUUAAAAAGGAUGAUCCAAAGGUGACGGCUUUGAUGCAACAAGCUGAGCUUCUCAAUUCAUUGGCGCUGAAAGUUAAUGCAGACAAUACAGAUCAAAGCAUGGAGAAUGCCUGGAAGGUCCUCCAAGAAUUCUUGAACAAAAGCAAGGACAAUGACAUAUUCAGAUAUGGAAUCCCAGACAUAUAUUUUCAACUGGAGGGGUUUAAAGAUCUGGUAGAGAACCCAAGGAGUAGCAAUGAAGAGAGUCAACCAUCUUGGAGGCAACCUGAUCUCCACGAUUCCCCAGCCAGCUCUGAGUAUAGUACAGGAUCAACCAUCAUGCCGCAUCAAUCUGGCGAUAAAACACAACAAACACUGCCUGAGACUGAGUCAACACAUGAACAAGAUGGAGCAAAGUUACAAGCCUGUCUGUCCGAAAAGAAUAAAGGGAUUGUGUCUAAUGCAAAUGUAGAUCAAGAUUUACUCUCAAGUUGCGAGAUCCCCAAAAACCCUGAUGAGAUUGUGCCCAUCUCAGGAGAAGAAGAAUUCAGCUCACCUCUUCAGGUCACUCCAUUGUUCAGAUCUCUAGCAGCGGGCAUCCCAAGCCCUCAAUUCUCUGAAAGUGAGAGGAACUUCUUGCUAAAAACACUCGGGAUCGAGUCCCCAUCCCCUUGUCCAAGUGCCAAUCCUUCACAACCACCUCCUUGCAAAAGAGUCCUCCUUCAUAGCUUAUAAAACAACCAACCUCUCUGAUCCCAUAUAUCACAAACACAAAACCUUAAUCAACAGCCUAAAACCCAUGUUUUGUCCUAAUGGAGCCGUCAAAUCUCCCAUCUUUCUUGUGUCAUCCCCAUCCAUUUCCCCGAGUUUUGUUUUUUUCCUUAGAUUCCUAGGUUUGCAGCCAUUUCGGCCUGAGAGUUUUUGUGAAGCGGGCAUGCCAUGAUCUGCAUUCCUUCCUCAGGAUUUUCAAAUUGUCUUCUUGGUCUAGAAUGUUAGGGUACAUUCUAGACCAUCUCAGAACACUCUCGAAAACCACUAGUGUUCUGAGCUUCUUCCGCAUACUGAUGCCGUCGAAAAAGGCUCAGUGUGCAUCUUCAAUCUUCUUCAUUCAUGUGUGAGUGUGUGUGUCAAAAAAAGAUUCUUUUGUUUAGUCUUUUGGGUUGCUGGAUACAUCAUCCAGACAAUCCAUGGAUUCUUGAUUGGUUUUUUUCCUGAUCUUUGUACAGAACCUAUGAGAUGUUACAUAGAAGUUUCAGAGUGUAACUAAGAAAAUCCUCAGGCAUCUCGCCUUACUACUGCAUAUGGUAAAAAAAACAACAACAAGAGGAGAGGAAGGAAAGGAGCAAGAUUUUCAGAUGGGUGGAGCAAAAGAGAGGGAAAGGAAGGAGCUUUUGGUUCCCUCCCAUCCCACCAUUUGUUUUGAGGUGACAUAGGAAAUAAGCCCUUCGUUGUUUCUCCUCCCAUAUGAUCUCACUCUCCGACAAACGUGAUGUAAAAAAAAACCCUUAUAUAUCUGAGUGGAAAUAUGAUUUUGAUUUCGGUGUGA